UUUGAUUGAACCGUGACUUCAUCCAUUUUCCCAUUACUCUCUCUCUUGCAACAUAAAUUCCCACUUCUUCUGCCUCUUCCCCAUACUUUGAACCCUAUCUUUCUGAUUCACAAACUGUUUUUGCUGCUUUUUUACCUGUCCAUGUCCUCUAUUUUCUUGGAAAAUUAUUGAUUCUUGUCUAAUCUCGUAUUCUUUUGUGUAAUUUUCAAAGUCUCCUUCCCUCAGUUCAAAAACCCUUUUCUCUCAAACCCCAACUACUAAAAUCAAUACAUUUGAAAGAAAAACUCAAAGAAGUUAAGGCAUAUAUUGUUAGCCUUCCUUUGACCUCAACAGCCAUUUUGGUCAUACUUUAAAUUCUAUCUAACUUUAUUCAUUGACUCAAACUUGUAGUAUCUUUACUCACAUUUCUUGAAGAUUCAAGGUAAUAAUGGAUCAUCUUGGUUCAAUAAAGGAAGAGUUUACUUUCAUGUCCAAUAUGCCUCAACCAAUGGAGGGUCUUCAUGAGAGUGGCCCUCCACCAUUUCUCAAAAAGACUUACGAACUUGUCGAUGAUCCAAGCACCAACGACGUCGUUUCUUGGAGUAGAGGUAACAACAGUUUCAUCGUUUGGGAUCCUCAAACCUUGGCCAUUAAUCUUCUUCCAAGGUAUUUCAAGCAUAACAAUUUCUCCAGCUUUGUCAGACAGCUCAAUACUUAUGGAUUUAGGAAGGUUAAUCCAGACCAUUGGGAGUUUGCUAAUGAAGGUUUCUUGAGGGGGCAAAAGCAUCUCUUGAAGAAAAUUAGGAGGAGAAAGACAAGUAAUAAUAGUUUACACUCAGCUGGCAAUUGCAAUAAGGCUUCAAACCAAGGUAUGGAGUACUCUUCAUGUGUUGAGUUGGGGAGGUUUGGAUUAGAUGGAGAAAUUGAUCGAUUAAGGCGCGACAAGCAGGUUCUAAUGAUGGAACUUGUUAAUCUUAGACACCACCAGCAGACUACCAAAUCAUACCUUAAAUCAAUGGAAGAAAAACUUAUAGGGACAGAAAUGAAGCAGCAGCAGAUGAUGAGUUUCUUGGCCAAAGCAAUACAGAAUCCAAACUUUGUGCAGCAGAUAAUGCAGGAAAAGGAUAAAAGGAAAGAACUUGAGGAAGAAAUCAACAAGAAAAGGAGAAGGCCAAUUGAUCAAGGUCCUAGCAAUAUUGAAAAUCUUAAUAUAAAGCAAGAACUUCAAGAUUAUGGUGAUGUUUAUGGAUUUGAUGAUUUAGAACUGGAGGAAGAUGACUAUGUUGAUCAGAAAGCACAUAUAGAAAGUGGAGAUAAAGCAAUUAAUGAAGGAUUUUGGGAGGACUUGUUGAAUGAAAAUAUUGGUGAAGAUGAGAUGGCUUUACUUGGUAUAGAAGAAGAGGAUGAAGAAGAUAUGGAUGUUUUGUCUGAACACCUUGGUUUUUAGGUUCUAACCUAAAAUAAAUAGCCUUCUGGCUGAUUUCUGAAUUGUAUUAGCUCUUGGAGUAUCUGGUUCAGUUACUUGGAUACAUCAUUCAUAACUGACUGUCCCAUAAACUUUGUAAUUCUUUUUUUCAUUCUUUGGAGUAUGUUUACUUGAGAUUCAAUGUUUUCAAGGAGUCUAGCUUUUGGACUUGUUAGAAAUUUGUAUGUCUCAAUAUAUUAAAAAUAUAGAACUUUAGUGUUUCUAUUUUAA